GUUCUGGGAGUGAGUGAUUGACUUUAUCAGUCCAAGGACAUCAUCCGCCUGGAAAGGGGGGGAAGUUUGAUCCUCUUUCUCACGGAUCGCAGUCAACGGGAGUUUUUUUUUUCCUCCCAACUCUUUACGCAUAGGAUUUUUCCCCAUUUUGGCUCCGUUUGUUUUUUUUUUUCAUUUCAGGAGUCUUCUUUCGCAAAGCGCUGUAAAUCUCGGCGCGGUGCCUGCAGCUUGCGCGCUCCGCUACACUGGAUUUUAAUUUUAUUUUCUGUUUUCUUCCCGUCUCCUAAGUUUGCUUCAAGCUUCAUGACUAUGCUUCUUGAUAGCGGUCCGCAGUUUGCAUCGCUAGGAGUGGGGGGUUUCGGGACACCGCGGCAUCACGACAUCGGGAACCGAGACCCGGGUCUGGGACUGAAUCCCUUCUCCGAUUCCUCCCACUCCGCGGCUUUCAAAAUCAGCCCCGUCGCUCACGACAUCGCGUCCAGCCAGACGUCAGCUUUCACCCCGCAAGCCACUGGAUAUGCAGCUGCUCUGGGACACACUCACGGCGGGCAGGUGGGCUCGUAUGGCGGGGGAGCGUUCAAUUCAACGCGGGACUUUCUCUUCCGGAACCGGGGCGUCGGGGAGUCCACAGCGCCGAGCGCCCAGCAUGGGAUCUUUGCAGCUUCGGCGGGGAGCCUCCACGGGCCACCCGGGAUCUCCGAUAACCCCGGACAUCUGUUGUUCCCAGGGCUUCACGACCAGGGGGUGAGCCACGGUCCACCGGGCGGACACGUAGUUAACAGCCAAAUGCAUCUCGGCUUGCGCGGGGACAUUUUCGGAAGACCCGAUCCCUACCGUCCGGUCGCGAGCCCUCGGACGGACCACUACGGGAGUCAGCUGCACAACUACAGCCACCCCAUCAACAUGAACAUGGGGAUGAAUGUGCCGACGCACCACGGUCCGGGGGCCUUCUUUCGGUACAUGAGGCAACCGAUCAAACAAGAACUAUCCUGUAAAUGGAUCGACGAGAACCAGAUGAACAGACCCAAGAAGACUUGCGACAGGACUUUCAGCACCAUGCACGAGAUGGUCACCCAUGUGUCCAUGGAGCACGUCGGCGGGCCCGAGCAGAGCAACCACAUCUGCUUUUGGGAGGACUGUCCGAGAGAAGGGAAAUCUUUUAAGGCCAAGUACAAACUCGUCAACCACAUCCGCGUGCACACGGGCGAGAAACCGUUCCCCUGCCCGUUCCCCGGAUGUGGGAAAAUAUUCGCCAGAUCGGAGAAUUUGAAAAUCCACAAAAGAACACAUACAGGUGAGAAGCCGUUUAAGUGUGAAUUUGACGGCUGUGACAGACGCUUCGCCAACAGCAGCGACAGGAAAAAGCACAUGCACGUGCACACGUCAGACAAGCCAUACAUCUGCAAAGUGUGCGACAAGUCAUACACACACCCCAGCUCUCUCAGGAAACACAUGAAGGUACAUGAGUCUCAAGGAUCUGAGUCGUCUCCAGCAGCCAGCUCUGGAUACGAGUCGUCCACGCCGCCUGUGCUGGUGUCCGCCAGCACUGAAGAUCCGACAAAAACACCGCCGUUAGCCGUGCAAAACUCGUCCGGCCACAGCGAAGGACUGGCACCCAACUUUAAUGAAUGGUACGUUUAAAGUCAGACGGACAAAACGUCUCUCAAUGUGGACCACAGGGUUGAAGAUUAACGAGGAUCAAAUAAAAAAUAAAAUAAAAAAAAAACACUAUUCCUGUCCUCUUCGCAUACCCUCAUUAACACACAUACACGCUUACACUCCCCCCCCACACACACACACACACACGCUGUCAGACACACACAAAUGGGAUUGGGACAACAACAACAACAACAAGGAGAUGUAAGCAAAAGCCAGCAUCGAGCAGGCAUCCUGCGUUCUCAGGAUCACAAAAUUUGACUUUUUUUCCGCAGUUUUGAGGGAAUCGAAAGAAAACCAUAAAUAAAACCUUAUACUUUCUCAGUAUAAAUAAAUGUUUUUUUAUCUUUUAGUUUACAGAAAAAAAAUGUUUUAUUUUUCAUUUUAUGUAUUUUCUCAAAUUUUUAUUUAAAAAAAAAGAAUAAAAAGGAAGAUUAUUUCACGCUGUUUUAUAUGAAGGUGACGCACUAUUGUCGCCUCUUCAAUUGAUUGUUGGAACUUCAAACAGUCUUAAGAAACGUGCCAAAGUCUUUGUCAUGAACUUGAACACAGAAAAAAAAUCUUAUAAAUAUUAUACUCGUGAAUGUAUUUCCUUGUUUGAUGGGGUCGAAUCUAUUGUCAACGUCCGUUUUCAGGUGGAGAAAUGUGGUAUUAGGUUACGAUUGUUACCGUUGAAUAUAACGUUGCCUUUUGUUAAUACCGUUGUAAAUACAUAUCCAUGAUGCCAUAUUUAUCAAUUUGUAAUUUAAUUAUGGGUAUAAGUUCUGAAACUUAAAUGAUAUUUAUGGAAAUGUUUUCUAACAAGAACUGUACAGUUUUGGUCAUAACCAGCUUAACAUUGAACAAAUGAUAAACUCUAAAGCUCCAACAUCGCGAUUGUAUCCUGUUUUUUUUUCUUUUAAACCAAUAGGCCUAUAUGUGUCUUAUUUGGAUCGAAGAAAUCAUCUAUAUGAAUAUUAUGGAUUUGUCUAUAUAUAAUGCAGAUAUUUCCCUCACUUUUAUUUUCUUUAUGAGACCAUUGACAUGUAAAUCAUUGACUUUGUAGAACUGAGUUCAGUUGAGCUGAGAAGUUAUAAAACGGUUCUUUUGAUAUCUUUAUUUUUGGUUCAAUUUUAAACCUUUGUGUAUUUUACGUUCAUAGAAUCAGAAAUAGAUGUCAAUUCGUAGCAUAAACUCAGUACUGAAAAAAAGAAUAAACCCAUCAGCCUAUUGCACUCCUAUACAGGUCUUAGACGAGUGUGUGAAGUUCAUGAUUUCCAAAUCAAGGUGACAGCAUUUGGAGUAUUUCAAAUUCGGGUCAAGCACCCAAAUAUAUGCGCCAAUAUGGCACUCUUUAUAGUUCCAGCAACGUCUUUGUGCAAGUAUGUUUAAAUGUGUGCAUCGGCAACAAUGGAACUGUCACAACACAGUAUCUUCAAAAAUAAAAAAAAGUUUUUUGUCUGUCA